AUGCCUUCCGCAAAAUCUCAACAAAAUUCCAUUAAAUUCCCGAAAACUACACUAAGAUGUGCAAAAAUUUAUCGAGCAUUAUUUCUAACAGAAUUUUCUUUUUUAUCUAUUGCAGUUUUCAUCCCGAAUAUUCCUGCAAACGCCAGAUGGGCAGAGAAUGGUGUGACUGUUGCCGGAGGAUACGGACCAGGUAAUGCAUUGAAUCAACUCAAUAAACCUUUGGGAUUGUAUGUGGAUAAUGAUCAAACUAUUUAUAUCGCUGACAAAGACAAUCACCGUAUUGUUGAAUGGAAGCCUGGUGCAAUUAGUGGUAAAGUGGUGGCUGGCGGCAACGGACCAGGAGGCCGAGCUGAUCAGUUGAAUGAACCAUUGGAUGUGAUUGUCGACAAAGAGACAGAUAGUUUCAUCAUCUGUGAUAUGGGAAACAAACGGGUGAUGCGAUGGUCUCGUCAAAAUCGAACUAGUGGACAAACAAUCAUCGACAAUAUCAACUGUAGCAGAUUGACGAUGGACAAUCAGAGAUUUCUUUACGUCUCUGAAGUCGACGAGGUGAGGCGAUAUGGAGUGGGAGAGACGAAUGGGACAGUGGUGGCGGGUGGCAAUGGACGAGGUGAUCGUCUUAAUCAACUCAGCGAUUCCACACAUGUUUUUGUGGAUCAAGAGUAUUCUGUCUACGUCUCAGACUGGGAGACUCAUCGUGUGAUGAAAUGGAUGAAGGGUGCGAGAAAAGGGACUGUUGUGGCUGAUGAUGGAGAGGAAGGAAAUGCUUUAUCGUAUUUAUUGAUGCCUCAAGGAGUGUUCGUGGAUCAGUUGGGCACAUUAUACGUGGUAAAUGAUGGCAAUGAUAGCGUGAUGCGAUGGUAUAAAGGAGCGACACAAGGAGAUGUGAUCGUCGGUGUAAAUGGUACAGGACAAGAAGCAAAUCAGUUGAGCAAUCCCAAGGGAUUAUCAUUCGAUCGACAUGGCAAUCUCUAUGUUGUUGACCAAUGGAAUCAUCGAGUUCAACGAUUCUCAAUUAUGAAAUAG